AUGACUGCAUCUGAUAUUUCCCCACUUCCAACUGUCCCGGAACAAGUUACUGCCAAUUGGCUUGGCAAGGUUCUCGGACAGAAAGUCAAGUCUCUGGAUCUCACUCACAGUCUUCUGAAUGCUACGGCUAGCAAACUCUUCUUUACUAUUGAAUAUGAGGACAAUGACAACAACGAAGAUCGGCCGAAACACGUGUGCAUCAAAGGAGGGUUUAAUCCUGCCAUGCUGGCGGCAGAAGGCUUCAGAGACCUCCUUAUAGCCGCAUACACCAAUGAAGCGAAGUUCUUUAGUCUCGUUGCACCAACCCUGAAUCACAUAUCUCUCACGAAAGUGUGGUGGGCAGGAGUUGGGGAUGAGCAGGGCAUUCUAGUGAUGGAGGAUUUGAACGAGGCGGGAUACACAUUUGGAAACCCUCAAGAUGUCUGGUCGGUCGAUCAAGUCAAGGCUGGCGUCGAACAGCUAGCAGCGCUACACGCUAGUACCUGGGGGUAUUCGUACGAAGAUUAUCCUUGGAUCACGGCUUCAUAUGAGGGUAUGAUGAUGGCUCUCACUAAUAUGUGGGAUGACCAGAUCCAUGGUGCGGAUCGACCGCCAUGUCCUGAUAUCAUCAAGGGUUCCCGAGAGCGCACUGUAAAUGCCAUCAAGAAGCACUUUGCCACCAAGAACCCAAAGUUCAUGUCAUUGAUUCAUGGCGACCCGCACACGGGUAAUACAUAUCUCAAUAAAGCUGGCAACCCACGAUUUCUCGACUGGCAGACCUUCCAUAUCGGAUCUCCGUUCCACGACCUAUCCUACUUCAUAGUAGGUGCUUUGUCAGUGGAGGACCGGAGGGCAAACGAGGUAGCAAUCAUCGACCAUUAUCUUGAAGCUCUCGCGAGAUUCGGCGGUCCGUCUCUGUCGACUAAGGAUGAAGAUGUUAUGAAGGAAUAUUCGAAGGCGACAAUGGCUGGCAUGGGUUGGAUACUAACUCCAUAUGCCUUGCAAAAAAAGGAAUGCGUGUUUCCGAUGUGCGGGCGUUAUGGUGCUGCAAUUGUGGAUCACAAGUCUAUUGAGAUUGUUGAGUCUCUAGCGGAUCUUGAGUGACUGGGCGACUGGUUCAAAAACCUGUACUCCCUAUCGAGCUUUUGACUGGCCUUCAUUGUUAGGCAUAGUGAAAUACGGCUGAUUCUCAUGGCCAAUCCCUGAGAUGAUGCUGUCGGAGUCAAACAUACAGACAAAAAUUAGAACUGGCUGUGUGGAUUUGUUGUCGGUAACUAUCAG